AAAUGGCUGUUGGGCCUUGGAAUUUUGAAAAGUGGCUGAGCACAUUUUAAAAUUACACAAAAUCAGCAUAACUUAUGAAAGUAUAGUUGCAAGUCACUAUAUAACGAAAGUUAUCUGAAAGUUCAUUCCCAACUCUGAUGCUUGUCCAGUUGCACGUAAACAGGCUUUAAAAGGGGCCUCUACUUAUACUACGGACAGACGCUAGCCAGUCGGGUGUGGAACAACAAGAGGAGAGGAAGUCUAUAUCUCAAGUGGAAUGUUGAGUGACUGAUUUUCGAUUCUUUCGACUUGUAUAGAAGUAAAAAUACAGCAGUGACGUAGCGAGGAAGUUAGUACUCUGAAUUUGCCACUAACAAUGAGUGGAAACAACGAUUACAAAUCUGCAAAGUCAGUGUAUGACUUUGUAGCUAAAAAUAUCAAGGGGCAAGAUGUUGCCUUAGAGAAUUACAAGGAUCACGUAUUGCUCAUUGUGAACGUCGCAUCGCAGUGUGGUCUUGCCGCGACCAAUGACAAAGAGUUGAAUGAACUUCACGAUAAGUAUGCCGAGAGCAAAGGUUUGAGGAUUCUGGCUUUCCCGUGCAAUCAAUUCAACGGACAAGAGCCAGGCGAUUCGGAAGAGAUCUGCAGCCUGGCCGCUCGCAAAAACUUGAAAUACGAAAUGUUCGAGAAAGUGGAUGUGAACGGCGACGCGGCUCACCCCUUGUGGAAGUACUUGAAGAAAGAGAAAGGCGGAACCCUCGGCAGCUUCAUCAAGUGGAACUACACCAAGUUCGUCGUCGACAAGCAGGGCAAGGUAGUCGAGCGACACGGGCCUAACGUCGACCCCAGCAAACUCGCGGAAAAACUUGACAAGUACUUUUAACAGAGCCGCAAGUGCCGGAGAGAUUCUUCACGACUGAUCAACCGUUUUCAUGCGCGCGCACUUCCUCUUGAAAGCAGCGCCGUUGCUAAGCUCCUCUUCUUUCUUCCCCUUGCACUGCUUUCAAGGCGUAUAUUUCUCUGUUGUGUGUGCUCGAACCAGUUCAUAUGUUAUAGCUGCGAGUUGUUUUGUUCCUACCUUGUCACAAUAAAACUCCUCAAAACCAAGGUUCUCGUUGCAAACGUGUCCCAAAUCAAACGCUACAGUCGUACUCCGAAUGCAGAACACCAAAAUUAGACGGUUUCGCGCGAUGAA